AUGCCGUGCUUCAAGGGCCUCGCGGUGAGCAUCCACACGCCGGAUGGCCCCAUCUCCGAAUACUCCAUCCAGCGCCAAUCUCGAGCUUCGCGGAUAGCAUGCUUCAUCCCCGUUCCGCCUCCCAAGGUUCCAGACGCUUCCUCGACAGGGAAAGCGGAACAAUCCACCUUUGCCAUCUCUAUCACACUCUUGAAUCCCGGACAAGAUGUCCCAUAUUCGACCCCCAAGCCGACCGCGGAUUGUCCUGAUCCUAAGCCCAAGGUAGUCGGAGGCUUGCCCGGCCAGACCGGCGAGCGCGGACAGUAUUCCGGUUCGGUCGCACCCUACCAGUCCUUAACCAAUUCACCCAGCGAGACAGUCGCCGCCUACAUUUACUUUGACGGCAGGCAAAAGGAAGAGGUGGCCACACUGCUGCGAAGAGGGGAAGAGACCUGGGUCAACUCACGAUGGGUGAGCGUCCCGGAGUCCGAAGGCGGCGGUAUCGCCGAGCGCGAGUUCCUGUUCCGUGAAGUGGGACUGGAGCGAUGGCUCAACGGCCUCGAUCUAGAGGGUAAAGAUGUCGCCGCCAAAAUUGAGCGACGGCGGCAAAAGAUGGAGAAGCGCCGCGCUAAGCGUCUGCUGGAUGACGCGAACGGCAUGGAUACGGAAGCUAGCAGUUCUAAGCCCAAGGACAUCAUGCGCUACGGGAAUGAUGAGAAGUCGCCGCUCGAGACCAUUUCCGACGACGACCUCUCCUCGGAUACCGAUGACGAUGAUCCGAUUCCUGAGACGGCCGGUCAGAUCAAGGUCGCAUUGUUCCGCGUCUUGGCCUCGGGCGAGAUCAAGCGGGGUGAAUACUCCCCGCAAUUUGACGCUCAUGACGAUGACGAAGAAGGUGGCCAAGGAAACGGAAGCGGGAAUGGCGACGCUGACGUCGAUCACACGACCAGUUUUGCGAAGCCUAAGACUCUGGAUCCCAAGUCCAUCAGUACUCAGACCGUCACUGGAAUCGACCCUACCGACAAACCCUAUGCCACGUUCACAUUCAUGUACCGAGGCGAAAGGCAGCUCCAGAAGAUGGGGAUCCUCCAAGACCCCAAGGUCCAGGAUACGCCUGCCGUGAAGCGGAAGUCCCUCCAGGCGGACUUUGCUAGUCUCGGUCCCUUGAGAAACGAAGGCACAGUUGGGUUCUUGAACUUCCGGGAUCAUGAUACUCGCGCCAAGGGCAAGAAGGGCGAUGACGAUGAGAUGGAGAGUGAUGACGAGGAUACCGACAACCCUAUCCUGGGCAAAGCGGAUGAUGAGGAGGCCAAGGAUGAUGGGCGCUUCCUUUCUCCUGACGAUAUCAAGCGCCAGGGAGAACUAGCCGAGGGCGUUGAGAGGAUUCGUCUCAAGCGCCAACACUCUGCCGAGCCCGUCACUAGCAACAGUGCUUCGAUGACGGAGACUUCUGCGUCUGCCUCUGGGAGCCUUCCUCCUGUCAGUGAAGGAUUGUCCACCACGCCGCCCAAGUCCACUCCGGUAGAACCCACCGAACCCGCCCCGUCAGCCACUGCGGAUGCUACGGCCGGCUCUUUCAUUGGCAGCCCAUUGAAGAAACAACGGGCCAGUGUGUCGGGUGCCGACGAGAAUGCACUUCGUCGUCGGAUUGCUGAAUCCUCGGGUCGGAUUAAUGAGGUCCUGGGAGAUAACAGCGACAAGACGAUGUCGACUGUCACUGGUGACAACACUGUCGCCUCCGAACCAAUGAUGACCGCACUCCCAAAUGAGGAUGAGGAACUCUGA